UCUCUCUCACUCACUCACUCACUGGUUAUUACCAUAAAUUGCUGCCUCCACUCCAAGCGAACCAACCAACAUUCCAAUUGGCGCUCUCUCUCUCUCUCUGAAACAAGAAGGAAGGAAGGUGAAGAAGGGAAGCACAUGAGUUCGCUGUUACUCUGGAUCGCAUUGUUCUUGUACUUACUUCUCUCAUCUUUCAAUGUCGCCGGGGCCGGCGAGAUUUCCGGCGUGUCGGCCGGAGGAAAUCCGUUUACUCCCAAGGCAUAUCUGAUCCGUUACUGGAAGAAAGAGGUGUCCAACGACUUGCCAAAGCCGUGGUUCCUUCUCAACAAGGCCUCGCCAAUGAGCGCCGUGGAAUCGGCCAGGUUUUCCAAGCUCGCCGAUCGGAACGGGCUCUCGAGUCAGCUCCCGUCGUUCUGCUCCUCCGCGAACUUGCUCUGCUUCCCUGAUUUAUCGCCGAGUCUGGAGAAGCACGAUCAGAAUGCCAACUUCGCUGUGUACAUGAACAAGAACUUUUCAAACUACGGCACGGACCGAGUCGGCGGAGUGGACUCGUUCAAGAACUACUCUGACGGAGAUAAUGUGGUGUUUGACUCGUUCCGACGGUACAGCCGUGACUCGGCGGGUCACAAGGAGAAGUUCUCCAAUUAUGCCGCCGACUCCAACGUCAUCGACCAGAGCUUCAACACCUAUGCCACCUCCGCCACCGGCGGUGCCGGCGAGUUCAGCACCUACAACCAAGACGUCAAUGUUCCGAAGCUCCGGUUCACCUCCUAUUCCGACGACGGGAACGCGCAUCCUCAGAUGUUCACUAGCUACACAGAAAAUGCCAAUUCCGGCGAUCAAUCCUUCUCGAGCUACGGGAAGAAUGAGAAUGCUGCUCACAGCGAGUUCAGUAGCUACGGAAAGAGCUCGAACGUGAUAGGCUCGGCCUUCAAUGGCUACGGCGAGUCGGCGAAUGUCGCCAACGACACAUUCACUUCAUACGGAUUUGACGGCAACGUACCGGAGAACACUUUCCGUAAUUACGGCGAAGGCGGCAAAGAGCCGAUUGAAACAUUCAAGACUUACAGAGAUCAGUCCAAUGUCGGCGACGAUUCGUUCCAGUCGUACGGGAAGAAAUCGAAGGGAGGGAAGGUCAAUUUCCUGAACUAUGGAAAAUCGUUCAACGAAGGCACCGACAAAUUCACCGGAUACGGCCAGGGGGCUACCGGCCAGACCGUCCAUUUCGCAACCUACGGGGUGAACAACACAUUCAGCGACUAUGCGAAUAAGAAGGCCGUCUCUUUCGCUAGUUACACCAACAAGAGCUCCGCUGAAUUGAUAUCAAUGGCGGCGACUGACAGUGGCAAAGCCGUAAAUAGAUGGGUGGAGCCGGGCAAAUUCUUCCGGGAGAAAAUGCUGAAGCCUGGGACUGUGAUGCCAAUGCCAGACAUUCGCGAUAAAAUGCCGAAAAGGUCGUUUUUGCCCCGGGCGAUCUGGUCAAAAUUACCGUUCUCGACGUCAAAGCUCCCUGAGCUCCGGCUAAUCUUCCACGCCGCCGAGAACUCGUCCAUGGAAGCCAUUCUUUCAGAGGCGCUGAGCGAGUGCGAGAGAGCACCGAGCCGAGGCGAGACCAAGCGCUGCGUCGGCUCCGGCGAGGACAUGAUAGACUUUGCCAUCACUGUGCUUGGCCGGAACGUUGUGGUCCGUACGACGGAGAACACCGAGGGGUCAAAGAAGGACGUGAUGAUCGGAUCGGUCAAAGGAAUCAACGGCGGAGAAGUCACCAAGUCAGUCUCAUGCCACCAGAGUUUGUUCCCGUACCUACUCUAUUACUGUCACUCAGUCCCUCAGGUUCGGGUCUACGAAACAGAUCUCCUCGACCCGAAAACCAAAUCCAAGAUCAACCACGGUGUUGCCAUCUGCCACGUGGACACGUCCGCUUGGAGUCCGGGUCACGGAGCCUUCGUGGCUCUGGGUUCAGGUCCAGGGAAAAUCGAGGUUUGCCAUUGGAUCUUUGAGAAUGACAUGACCUGGGCUACUGCUGAUUAAGGCAAGCUUUGCCGGGUCCCAUUUGUGAGAUGGGUUUGACCCGGUGGGUUACAAACCCGACCCUCCGGUUCCAAACCCCCCCGGGGCCCCCUACAUAAAACCCAUUUUAAUGUAGUUUUUCAAGUUCCAUUGAAGGUCAAGCUUCAAUGGAGGUGAUGUUUUAAGUUUGAAUUGAACCCCCAUGUUAAGACCCUAAUUGCAAAGAUUUCCAAAUGAUUUGGUGUUUUAUUUUCCGA